GUACUGAUAAGUGCUGAGGGAAUGGGAAGUGCGGGAAAAGAUGGAGAUGGAGUCGGAGUGAAGGGGAGGCCGACCUGGAGCGGGGCCGAGGGGGUGGGUCUAGCGCUGGACCGCUGUCCGCCCGCCCGCCGGCAGGAGAAGCAGAGCUGCGGCUCGGAGCGGCAGAGGAGAGCGGCGGAUCAGAGAUGUAAACCUCCUUUGUAAGAACCUCCUUUGCUUGCAAAGCCAUCUUCCCGAGCAGUGCCUUACUAACAAGAAUGCUUUGGUGCUUCCUGUUGAUACUUCAUUACCUUGGGAAUUCCAAAGCUCAAGUCAAUCCUGGCCUAUGCCGCUAUGCAUUGGGAAUGCAGGAUGGCACGAUCCCAGAUGAAGACAUCACCGCCUCCAACGAAUGGUACAAAUCAACCGCGGCUCAGUUUGGCAGGCUGGAAAAGGAUGAAGGGGAUGGAGCCUGGUGUCCAGUCGACCUUCUGCAUCCAGACAGUACAGAGUAUCUUCAGAUUGACCUCCACGUCCUCACUUUCAUCACGCUGCUGGGCACACAGGGGCGGCACGCCUUCGGAAGUGGGAACGAAUUUGCUCGCGCUUACAAACUGGAGUACAGCCGGGAUGGGACACGCUGGAUCUCCUGGAAGGAUCGGUGGGGUCAGCAGGUCAUCACAGGAAACGUCAAUACUUAUGACAUCGUUCUCAAGGACCUGCGGCCUCCUAUCAUAGCCCGAUAUGUGCGGGUGAUCCCAGUGACUGAUCAGCUUGUCAGCGUGUGCAUGAGGGUUGAGCUCUAUGGCUGUGCCUGGACCGAUGGUCUCUAUUCGUAUCGUGGUCCUGUGGGACAAACCAUUGGAAAACCAGGGUCAGCCAUCGUCUAUCUCAAUGACUCUACAUAUGAUGGUUUCCAGGACUCCAAGCUCAGCUACAGCGGCCUGGGUCAGCUGACGGAUGGAAUGCUGGGGCUGGACGAUUUCACUCAGAGCCACGAGUACCGAGUGUGGCCGGGAUAUGACUACGUGGGAUGGAGCAAGGACAACCUCCACAGCCGAUAUGUGGAGCUGGAGUUUGAGUUUGACCGGCGAAGGAACUUCUCAGCCAUGAAGGUGCACUGUAACAACCUGUACACCAAGUCGGUGAAGAUUUUCCAGCGGGUGGAGUGCUUCUUCAAGCAACGGUUGGUAGCGAACUGGGAGCACGACUCUGUGGGUGUCACCACGGUGAUGGACGACAAGAACCCAAGUGCUCGGUUUGUUAUUGUGCCCCUGGGCCGGCGCCUGGCCAAGGCCAUUCGCUGCCGCUUCCACUUCGCCGAUCGCUGGAUGCUCUUCAGUGAGAUUUCCUUCCAGUCAUCCAUUGCAGAUGUUGGAGAAUCGAAUCCUCUGGUGGACAACUCUCAGCCUCCCAUGAGGGAAGACUGUUCCCAAAUUUCAGCAGGUUCCAGAAGUCCCAGGCUGGAUGUAGAUCAAGGCCAGAGGAUAGAGCUGAAAACCACCUCUCUCCCAACACAGACUGUGAAAGGAUCUCUGGGUCCUGCUCUGACCAGCACUCCCAGUGGGCUGAUCACCCUGAAUCUUGACAGUCCGCCUUCUCCCACUGUCAUGAAGCCCAUGAACCACACCGAGGACAGCAAGACCUCCAUUUUGAUUGGUUGCUUGGUGGCCAUCAUCCUCCUCCUCCUCCUCAUCAUCAUUAUCAUUCUGUGGAGACAACACUGGAAGCGGAUCCUGGAGAAAGCUCCACGGAAAAUCCUGGAGGAAGAUGUCACCGUGCGCCUGUCCCAGUGUGAUGACGCCAUUGUCAUAAACAACCAGACUCAGAUAAUCCAGACCAACCCCACGUACGAGCGUGUGUUUCCAUUGGAUCUGCAGUACCAGGAACCAGCCAGGCUGCUGCACAGGCUUCCAGAGCUCCCUCAGAGUGCAGAGGACUCGGUCUGCAGUGGGGACUAUGCAGAGCCUGACCUGACCAAGGGCGCUCGACACCAGGGCUUCCAGAAUAUGGUUUCUCACUACGCAGAGGCAGACAUAGUCAACCUGCAGGGCAUGACGGGUAACAACACCUAUGCAGUCCCAGCGCUGACCAUGGACUCUCUCCUCAAGAAGGAGAUCAGCGUGGGGGAGAUCUCUCGACACCAGCUGCAUUUCAGGGAGAAGCUGGGCGAGGGACAGUUCGGCGAGGUCCACUUGUGUGAAGCUGUAAAUACAAAUGAAUCCCAGCAGCCUGAUCUUUUCAACAGUGGACACAUUUCAGGCCUGGUCGCUGUGAAGAUGCUGAGAUCGGACGCCACUAUACAUGCCAGAAACAACUUUCUCAAAGAGGUGAAGAUCAUGUCACGGCUGAAGGACCCUAACAUCAUCCGGCUUCUUGGAAUCUGUAUCCGUGAUGACCCUCUCUGCAUGGUCACAGAGUACAUGGAGAACGGGGAUCUCAACCAGUUCCUCUCCCAGCGGGUGCUUGAGAACCACUUCACCUUGGCCAACAACCUCCCCAGCGUGAGCUACCGGUGCCUCCUGCACAUGAUGACGCAGGUUGCCUCAGGCAUGAAGUACCUCUCCUCACUUAACUUUGUGCACCGGGACCUGGCCACACGCAACUGCCUGGUGGGGAACCACUACACCAUCAAGAUCGCUGACUUUGGCAUGAGCCGCAACCUGUACAGCGGUGACUAUUACCGUAUCCAGGGUCGGGCCGUGCUGCCUAUCCGGUGGAUGGCCUGGGAGAGCAUUCUGCUGGGGAAGUUUACCACAGCCAGUGACGUAUGGGCAUUUGGAGUGACUCUGUGGGAGAUGUUCACCUUCUGUAGGGAGCAGCCAUAUUCCCAGCACUCCGAUGAGCAAGUCAUCAUGAAUACUGGAGAGUUCUUCCGGAAUCAAGGCCGACAGGUCUACCUGUCUCAGCCUGUUGACUGUCCCAAGCAGAUGUUUGAUUUAAUGAUCAGCUGCUGGAGCAGAGACAUCAAGGACCGGCCAAGCUUUGAGCAGAUCCACCACUUCCUCCAGAAGCAGUUGGUCAAUGGAACCUAGUUGUUGCACCUCCCCCCAUUGCUUCAGUACACCAAUGGACAACUUAACUUCAUCGCCUGGUGCAGGAAUUGGCCAGCGGUGCCUGCUCUUGACGAGCCCAUUCUUUUGUGCACUUCCUGCUCGUGCCUCUCUAGCAACACAACGUUCUGUCUGCUGACCUCGUGUACUGACAACAGGCUCAAGAUGGCUCCUUGCUACGGUAACACUCAAGAGACAAGGCAUUGGGAAGGUGUCAGUGUUGGAGUCAUUUCACCGACUGUCAGUACGCUGAGGGAGCGGAGACGUUUGGAGGUGCAGGCUGGAAGGACCUGAAGACACAGCCAGUGCUGGUCACACAACACUACUUUUCCUCUAUCGUUCCCUGUGGCGAGGACAAGCACUGGUUUCCUUCUGAUGGUGUCUCCUCGCAUUAGAAGCCUGAAAGCUGCAGAUGGACAGAGAAGCCUGUGGAAAUUGGUGAUCUAACUCCAGUGUCCUCGACCUACGAAUGUAGACAUUAUCCCCAGUCACGUUUGAGGAGAUGUCCAACUGCUACAGUUUUGCAUUGGUACAGAUUGUACUUCAAGUGCCAUGCACGGCUGUGUGUUGAGUGGUGGGCAGUGAGAUGUCAACAGCUGGAUGUGUUGCUGUAGAUAGGCAACGUUCACAGGUGACUGAUCGGCUGACGCUUUGGUGGAGCAGUCGCUGCCUAUUGCGUCUGCACUGAUGUUGCUUUCUUUCAGUGCUGGUGGCUUUAACGUAAGAGCUGUUCACAAAUCCUGGGCCCCUGUCAUGGAAAUUUGGGAGGGGGAAGGAGGGGGUGGCAUGACGGAGCUUCCAUUUCAGUGAGCCCUUUCCCCACUGGACAUCCAAAGUCCUCGGAGAUGGCUGGCGUACUUUUCAAGCUUGAGAGUAGGAGAGCAGUCGGGUCUCAGUGAGAUGCUGGGACCAGGGAGGGUCGGACUUUGGGGAAGAUUGAUGCAGGGGCUCGGCAGGGUUGCUGCAGCACAUUUUUUACCUGGACAGUGCCUAAAACCUCAGAAUAAAAGGUUGGUUAUUCACGGUGGGUACCGGCCCCUGGGGUGGUGGACGAGGUGGGAAUGGUGUCCCAAGUGUUUGCGAGAGGAGGGAGGCAGCUGCAGGGGAAUGGGGAGGGCCCAUCUACCUAGCUGACAGGAGCCCCAGAGGUUUGGGCUUGGCUCAGGAGAGCAGAAGGGAAUGAAAGCAUAUGGAGAUAGUGCAGGGAAGAAGCACUGAGGUGAAAGAUUGAACAGUAUAGCAGGCACAAUGGGCUGAAUGGCAUCUCCCUGCUUCUGUUAAUGCUGUUAGGGUGGGACAGGCAUUGGGCAGUGCUACCUGGGAUGGGGGCUUUACUGGUGCUGGUAGACACGAGAAGGGUGAAUUCACUGGUUGGGAAAGGGGUAGGUGUGCGGGGGUUGGGGAAUAGGAUGAUUGCUAAAGUAGUUUAUUAUUUUCACAUAUACCAAGACACAGUGAAAAACCUGCCUCGCAUGCUGCCAAUUCAGAGCGAUUCAUUACAACAGCAAAUUGAGAACCACUCCCACUGUCUGCCCCAUCCACCGUGAUUAUUCACCUCAGCCUCACCUUUGUACGUUAACCGCCGAUUCCCUGAAUAUCCUGGAAGCCAUUAAUAACUGUCUUGAAUCUAUUUGGGAACUGGGCAACCAUACUUUUGGGUACAGAAUUCCAUGGAUUUGCUGCCCUUUGGGUGAAAGACAAUUCUCUCGUUGUCCUUUUGACUCCACAACCCCCGGUUCUGGACACGCCAGCGUGGAAAACCUCAUCUUUGCAUCAAACCACGUAAGAGUCAUCCUUCCAACAUCUAGGCAAUAAGGGUCAGUCACUUUGAUCUCUCCUCAAAGGACAGUUAUCCCCAUCCCAGGAAUCAAUUCUCCCAUUGCAAGUAGGUAGGGAGACCUGACCAGCCAACUAUUAUUCAUGGUGCAACUUCACCAGGGCCCCAUAUAAUUUCAUAAGAUAUCUUUAUUUUGUACUCAAAUGCUUUUGAAAUAAAGACUGACAUACUGUUUGCCACUCUGGUUGUGUGCUAUACCUGUUAAUCCUCUGUGACCUACAUCGCAGGCAGUAUAAGAUCGUAAGACACAGGAGCAGAAUUAGGCCAUUUAGCCCAUUCGAGACUGCUCCAAUAACUUACACCUACCCUGAGGGGCUUCCUCCUCUGCUGUUCCGAUCGAGAGUCAUCCGGGUAUGACCCGAACCUUUUCAAGACGCAAGGCAGAGACCAAAAUUGCUCAAAUCUGGCAGCAAAUUAUUAAAAUGUAGAAUUAUUAAAAAUGUAUGAAGAGACCAAACAGCACAAAUAAUGUAAAUAAGUGGUAUAAAUAGUAAGCGUUAAAUUACUGAAAAUAUAAUGUGAAAUACCACGUAGUUUCAUUCUAUGCUGCACAAUCUCACCCCUUAAUUGAACUGUCUGGUGUGCAUAUUCAUUUACACCCCUACCAGCCCCUCAGUUGUCAGCCUUGUUUGCAGAUUAUUUUCAUGUUGUUCGUUAACUUCAAAUACCAAAAACUCAAGGUGAUUUUAGACAGACGUCACCCUGGUGAUCACUCAGAAGGUGCAUCAGUUCCGCUUCCAGCUCCAUGUAAUCUUUCCUAAACCCUUCAUAUUUUAUAACCCUAAAUUCCUACCUAGUAACACAAAACCUGCUGGAAGAUCCUCUCUCAUGUCCAGCAAUCAUCCACUGGCUCCUGUCUCACUACUGCUCCUCACUUCCUCACACUGGUUGUCUUCCCUCUUGUUGGAUCCUGAUGCUUUCGCAAUCCAAAUGUUCUUCCGAAGUCAGGAUUGAGACAUAAAACUUGUUCCUUACAGUCAUUUUACUGAGCGUUACUAGAACAAAGAAUAGAAAGGAAGAAGCUUUGGCAAAGGACAAAGGAGAGGGAGCAGAGACAGAGGCAGUGUGGUCUUCUCAUACCAGGCUACGGAUAACACCAGUUGUUAUUUCAUUGAUAACAAUUAACCAAUUAAAUAGCCAGAUUCAAGUAAUGUGACACCUGCCACUGAACAAUUACAUGUAUAUGGGUGAUUGUAUAAAAAUACAAACAAGUACAUAUAACAAGGUUAAACUAAAAGAAAAAUAACAGCACUCCACCUUUUGUCCUGAUACAGGGUCUCAACCCGAGAUCACGACAGUUCCUCUUCUUCCCCCACCCCACUGAUGCUGCGCUUGACCCACAGUGCUUCUCCAGCACAUCCUUUGUUUGAAUGCCCCUAGCUUCCCUUGUGACUGCACCACCUUCGUCCAACAAGAUCAGGAACUGUUCACAAAGGUUGACCUUCAACCAUAAACCCAUCCGAAAUGUUUUUGACCAAGAGAAAGUUUGACUUUAUCAGCAGUCUAAAAGUUACUGGCCCCAUCAUUUACAAGUGCCUAUUGUGAACAGACCCAGCACACCACAGACAUCUUGUUCUUUGUCAUAACUUUUCAUAUGAACUUUUGUGAGAACAGAGGGAGGAAAUUUGUCCUCAACCUCGUCAAUCUUCUCUGUAGGCUACUCCCUCCCACAUAACACCCCCAAUUAUCCCACCAGCCAACUAUGUGAGGGGUAAUUUACAGUAGGCUCCCUAUGCAUCUCUGGAACAUGGGAAAAAUCUCAGAGCACCCAUGGGAAAUCCACAUAAUUACAGAGAGAACAUACAAACUCCACACUGUGCCUGAGGUCAGAGUUGAACAUGGGUCUCUAGUUCUGAGAGGCCAUGGCUCUACCUCCUUCAAAGUGUUGGCAUGCCAGUCAUCAUCUCCUGGAAGUUUACAGGCUUUCAAUCCCAUUAACUUCCCUGACACUAGUUACCUUAUAAUUGCUAAUAUCAUGCAGUCCUCCAUUUAUUCCUGAUUGGCUUUUCAGAGAGUUUCACUCUGUCAUCUUCUCAGAGGGCAGAUGGACAAAAUACUUAUUUAAUUGCAGUGUGGCUUGCUUAUCUCUUUACAAAAUUUCUCUGUAAGGAAUCUACUUCAGCUGAUCUUACAUUUUUACACAUCUGUAGAAACUUCUAGAGUUCUUUGUUUCUUGCUUGAUCACCUAUUGAUGGCUCCUUUGAUAAUUUCUGUAAAUUUCCCAAUCUUCUGCCAGACUGCUCUUUUCUGGCAACAUUAGAAGCUUGGGUCUAAUGCUACUUUCAUUUCAUUAACCACAAUCACGAUAGCGUAACGAUUAGUGCAAUGCUAUUACAGCUCAGGGCGUUGGUUUUCAGAGUUCAAUUCUGGUGUCCUCUAAGCAUGUUUGUGCAGUCCUUCCCACGUGCUGGUGGGUUUCCUCCAGGCGCUCUGGCUUCCUCCCUCAGUCCAAUGACAUAGCAGUUAGUUGGUUACAGACAAACAGAUAGACAUACUUUAUUGAUCCCGAGGGAAAUUGGGCCAUUGUAAAUUGUCCCAUGAUUAGGCUAGGGUUAAAGUGGUGGGGAGCUGGGCAGCACAUCCCGAAGGGCCAGAAGGGCCUAUUCCACACUGUAUCCCAAUAAAUAAAAUAAAGAAUCAGAUGAUUCUUUCCAUGCAGCAAUUCUUUAAGGCUUGGGUUGUCUAAAGUAGAUUGGUAAAGUACUUUAAAAUAUGUAGCAGUAAACAAGCAGUGACAAGCAUUUUAGGAAUGAAUACUUUGUCUUCCAAUCACGUGUACCUUUUUUUGGCUAGGACCUCAACAAGGACACGUUUAUGCUUGUGUGUUUCUAUAUGUGAUUUUUGCUUGAAGAGUUUUUAUGAUUUUUUAAACAAGAUAUUAAUAUGGUAAAUCUAAUUCUUUUAAUGUAAUUUCCCAAUUGACCACCAUUGCCAACUCAUGCCUCAUACAUUUUUGUUUCCAUUGAAAACGUUAGUUUUAGAUCUUUACAUACAUUUUGGUUACGUUUCCCUAAAUGCUGGAAGCCCUCAGCAACUUGUCAGCAUCUGAGGGGAGAGCUUGAUAAUCUAUCAUUGAGCAGUUAUAACCCCCGAGAGGUUUAAUUUCCAUUUAUGGUCACUUUGCACCCACAGUUCUACAGUGGUUAUUUGAUCAUAUGCACUUAUUUCUGUUUGUGUUAAUAAUUUACCCGCCUUGUUAAAAAUGUUAAUGUAUUCAGAUAUAAAGAGCUUACAGUUCUA